ACCACGCCCUCAAGCUAUGCGAACAAGAUGAGUGUUCCACGAGCGCGAUUACUGCAGCUGAUGAAGGCGCAAUGCGAAGUCUUCUCAACGGCGUAUAACCCCGAAGGUGUUCGGACGGGCAACAAGAUUCUGCGACAGAGGUUACGAGGCCCUGCCCUGGCGGCGUAUUAUCCACGACGUGUCGUAACGCUCCGAGACUUGAGGAAGGAGCUGGGUCCGGAGUUCAUGAUAGAGGAUGAGGCUGAGGAGGACCGACUGUUGAAGAUUGAGGAGCUCAAGGCUCGCGGAAAGGGUGCCCCGAAGAAGAAGACGAAGGGUUCAGCAUCGGCAUCAGCAAGCUUUGUUUCCUGUCUCUUUGAUUUUACGUUUGACAACAUUGUUUCCCAUAUUGCGGCUCGUACUGGCGGCCAGGCAAUUCCAGACUUCAGGAUGCCUGUCAACCUGAAGAAAUCGGUCAGCGCGCUGGCAACCUCCAAGCUUGCAAACCAAAGCUCUGCCAAGAAGGCGAAACUCACACAUGACCUUUCAUCAUCCGAGUCGUACCCAAUGGACAGACUGCUUGCGAAGCUUUCGGAACAUCAAGCCGUUAAGACUCAGCAUAACGAGCCGACCGCAACAUUUUCGGACGACGAGCAAGUGUUCCCCCGAGUUCUGGAUCAUCAAUCCUCGUGCAGCUCGCUGCCUAUCACUCCGGCCAAUGACAUUUAUGCCGCCAGCACCCCGACCACUCGUCCGGCGAGUGCUACGCCGGAGAGCCACACGGCUGCCAACGAUGAGGUUACUCGCCUGAAGCUUGAGCUAGCCCGUGCCAAGAGCGAAAUCUCUCGCUUAGACAGCGAGCUUAUCAAUCGACGAAUCGAAGGCAUCGAAGGCAAUGAAGAUGGCUUGGACCAGACUGAUAAGUCUAUAUUGGCCAUGACAGGCGAACUUGGGGGCCCGAGGUUUCCGGCAUCUUCCUCUUACAAGUCCACGAAACCUCAAUACGCACGGGAGACUCCGUGGCCCGCCCAGGAUGACUCUCCGUCGGAGACUAGUGAUUCCCUAUCGACUGGAAAUUAUGGCCGCUCUCGAGGAAUCUGGGCUUCUGGAAAGAAUAGCAUUGCUACUCAGAGCAGCUAUUUGCAACCAACGACCUCGUCCUUGUCUGACCCUACCCAGCAAGUCUCAUGGUCUGGUGCUGGUCGAGGUUUUGCCGAGCCCUGUGCCCCGCUGUACGGACCGCCCGCGGAUGCUUACCGUAGUGACCGCUUUGGUUCCGGCAGCGAUAUGGGGAUGAGGCCCGCAUCUGGUCGCCGAUCUAAUCGUUACGACAAUCGCUUCGCUGCUCCUCAAUCCUUUGAGCCCGGAUUUGGUGGAUACGCGAUGGGAUACAGCCAGUUUGACUCUGUAGCCAGCUACCCAGGUGGAAUGCAGGCCCCUUUGUCCGGCGGUCUCAUGGCCCACGCAGGCGGCAUUCACCAACCAUUUCAACAGCCGAUUGGCACUCCGCUGUCUCCCCACGCCACCGAGUUUACCUCGAACGCAGCAUCUUCCUGGAAGUCUGACGCCGUCGCGACCGAGGGCCAAACUUAUCUGCCGACCACCGAGCCUCUGAAUUAUCGUCGGCUUCUGGAUCGCAAUGUCAACUGCAACUGGAAGUACAUUGUGGACAAGAUCGUCUGCAACAACGAUCAGCAAGCUUCGAUCUUUCUUCAGCAAAAGCUCAAAGUCGGCACUCCGGAGCAGAAAUACGAGAUCGUUGAAGCCAUUGUGGCACAAGCCUACCCACUGAUGGUCAACCGUUUCGGCAACUUCCUAGUUCAACGCUGCUUUGAGCACGGAACACCCGAGCAGGUCAUCAAGAUUGCAGAGGCCAUCCGUGGAAACACACUCAAUCUUUCUAUGGAUCCUUUUGGUUGCCACGUUGUUCAGAAGGCGUUUGAUUCUGUACCUGAGGAUUACAAGGCCAUCAUGGUGGGCGAGCUUCUGCGCCGCAUUCCUGAGACAGUCAUCCAUCGUUACGCCUGCCAUGUUUGGCAAAAGCUCUUCGAACUGAGAUGGACAGAGUCGCCCCCCCAGAUAAUGAAGUUCGUCAACGAUGCCCUGCACGGAAUGUGGCAUGAGGUUGCCCUGGGUGAGACCGGGAGUCUUGUUGUCCAAAACAUAUUUGAGAACUGUCUUGAGGAUGACAAGCGGCCUUGUAUUGAGGAGGUUCUUGCGAACAUUGAUAUUGUUGCCCAUGGUCAAUUUGGCAACUGGUGUAUUCAGCACAUCUGCGAGCAUGGUGCCCCGGCAGACAGAAGCCGAGCCAUCGACCACGUCAUCCGCUACGCAGCGGAGUACAGUAUGGAUCAGUUCGCCUCCAAGGUUGUUGAGAAAUGUCUGAAGAUUGGCGGUUCCGAUUUCCUUAGCCGCUACCUUGAUCGGGUCUGUGAAGGCCGCGUCGACCGUCCGCGCAUCCCCCUUAUUGAUAUUGCCAGCGACCAAUACGGAAACUACCUGAUCCAAUAUAUUCUCACGCACUCUACACCUCAACACCGCGAGAUUGUGGCGGCUCAUAUUCGCAAGCAUAUGGUCUCUCUACGUGGUUCCAAGUUCGGUUCUCGUGUCGGUAUGCUUUGCACCAACCCCGCCGUGGCUACCAGACCUGGUCCAGGUGUCGGCCCUGCUAUGGGUCGGAUGCCUCCGGGCUCUCGGUUCGGCGGUGCUUACCGCUAG